AUGAAGCACAGUGGAAAAAAUCACAUAAAAUGGGUGGCGUUGACAACGAUAACAAUCGUUGUCUUCGUCGUUGAUGCGACCGUGAAUCUUAAAAGCGACGAAUCUGUGGCUUAUAAAAAAACAGCUAAACAAGAUUUCAGAGAGGAUUUCAGUAAGAAAGUUUUUUAUGUCGGUGAUCAAGUGUGGCGAAUCUACAAGCACAAUGAUUCAGUAAAUGAUUUGGUGGAGCAACAUGAUCAAAACGCAUAUCAAAUAUGGUCCAAUCAUCCAUUGACAGUCGAUAUUUUCAUUCGAAAUCAGAUGCUUUAUAACGUCGAUUUGCUAUUGAACAAUUGCAGAAUAAAAUAUGACGUUCUGAUCAAAGAUGUGCAAAAAGCGAUCGAUGACGGGAAUGUUCGACUUACAACCGCAAUGCAAGCAGAACUCGAAGGACGCAAAGCUCGUUACGCUUGGUGGCAGGGAGUCAGACUUAGAUUUCCACGUCCUCGUCCUCUUCGUUAUCCUGCUAGUGUAUAUGGUGGGGGUGCUCCAUGGCAUUUUAGGGGUCAUCGUAUGGAAUGGACCAGUUACCAUGACAUAAAUGAUAUUUAUGGCUACUUGGAUUAUCUCGCGAACACUUAUCCUGAUGUCUGCUCCGUUCAAUCCAUCGGUAAUUCCAUUGAAGGACAACCCCUCAAGGUUCUAAGGAUUAGUAAUGGUAAGACGGAAAAUACACCUGCGAUAUGGAUUGAUGGUGGAAUACAUGCCCGGGAAUGGAUCUCACCGGCAGCUGUGACUUAUAUCAUUGAUAACCUGGUUGAAAAUAGCGAUGUUUUACAAACAGACUAUUACAUUCUGCCAGUUGCCAAUCCAGAUGGUUAUAGAUAUACCUUCCAAUACGAUCGUUUGUGGAGAAAGAAUAGAAGAAAGGGCACUCUUUGCUCGGGUGUAGAUUUAAACAGAAAUUUUGGUUAUCGCUGGGGUGGAAAGGGAACUAGUGGUAACAUGUGCUAUGAGACAUAUCGAGGUUCUAAAGCAUUCUCCGAGCCAGAAACUAACGCUAUUCGAAAUUUCUUCGACAACACUUUAGCAAAUAUCAACGCAUAUGUAUCGUUUCAUUCAUAUGGCCAAUAUAUUUUAUAUCCAUGGGGAUAUGAUCAGCGUUUGCCGCCUGAUUACCGAGAUCUUGAUGCGGUAGGGCUUGAAGCAGCUAAAUAUAUGAAGUACGAAGGAGGCGAUAAUACAGAGUAUACCGUCGGAAAUAGCGCGAUAACGUUGUAUCCUGCUGCUGGCGGUUCUGAUGACUGGGCUAAAGCUCUGCUCAAGAUCAAGUAUGCAUACACGAUCGAACUGCGGGACACUGGAAGACACGGCUUCCUACUGCCACCUCAGCAUAUUAUUCCGACAGCCAAGGAAGCACUAGCCGCAAUAAAAGUAAUCACGAAUGCUAUCAAGAAAUAG